CUACGAUCUCAUUAAUUCAUGGCAUCUCCUCAAGAAAACGACAGCAAACCCGAAACAACAAUAACCCUAAACGACAGCAAACCCGAAACAACAAUAACCCUAAGAAGCAACGACGGAGAAAUUUUUGAGGUCCCCGAAACCGUCGCCGUUUUAUCGGUGACAAUCAGGAACAUGGUGGAAGACGGCUGCGCAGGCGGUAUCAUCCCGCUCGAAGAAGUCGACGCAGAAACCCUGUCAUGGGUUAUUACAUACCUCAAGAAACACGCGGCACUACUUGAUCCUUCCUCUAAGACAGAGAAAGACGAGCUCGACGCGGAAUUUUUCUCGGACAAAGAAUUUAAUUCCCUCCUCGCCAUUGUCAAUGCGGCCAACUACCUCAAUAUUGAGGAAUUACAAGAUGCGUCCACCGGACAGAUUGCUAAAUUUAUAAGGAAUAAAGGUGUGGCGACGGUGAGGAAACUUUUUGGCGUUGAAAACGAUUAUACGCCGGAGGAGGAAGAGGCGCUUAGGCGGGAGCACCAGUGGGCCCACGAAGACGGUGUCGAACCUGAUGAGGAUUGAUUGUUAUUCAAGAUUUAGGUUUUAUUCCGAAUUAGGGUUUUAUUUUAUUUGAGUUUUCAACUGUUUAAUUUAAUUUAAUUUAAUUAGCUAUAUAUGCUUAUCAAUAUUAGAGCAUGUUUUCUUCUUUCAUUGCUAUGCAUGAGUUGAUGUUUUGUUUUU